GCGGAGUGUUGGGGACAAAAUUCAACUGUCAGCCGAGACGCCGCGGUUUUCAACUGGACUUUUUUGGUCACUUAUCAUGGAGUUACCCGGUGAAAGCCGGCCGGACGCUGCUGUCUCCCCCUGACCGAGCCGCCGCUGCUUUCGCUUCCCACCCGCCGCGGUCUCCAUCCGCAGGAGGCGCACCUGAAAGCAGAGAAAAAUGUCAGACAAGAUGUCAAGCUUCCUCCACAUAGGGGACAUUUGUUCCCUGUAUGCAGAAGGAUCCACCAAUGGUUUUAUCAGCACUUUGGGCCUGGUGGACGAUCGUUGUGUUGUACAGCCAGAUACCGGCGACCUCAAUAACCCUCCUAAGAAGUUUCGAGACUGUCUGUUCAAGCUGUGUCCUAUGAAUAGGUACUCAGCACAGAAACAGUUCUGGAAGGCAGCGAAACCCGGUGGCAACAGCACUACAGAUACAGUACUCCUCAACAAACUGCAUCAUGCAGCUGAUCUGGAGAAGAAACAGAACGAAUCAGAGAAUAGGAAACUGCUGGGAACGGUCAUUCAGUAUGGCAACGUCAUUCAGUUGUUGCAUUUGAAAAGCAAUAAGUACCUGACAGUGAAUAAGCGUCUGCCUGCCCUGUUGGAGAAGAAUGCCAUGCGAGUCACUCUGGACUCAGCCGGAAACGAGGGCUCCUGGUUCUACAUCCAGCCCUUCUACAAACUCCGGUCCAUAGGAGACAGUGUGGUGAUUGGAGACAAAGUGGUGUUGAACCCUGUAAAUGCUGGGCAGCCUCUGCACGCCAGCACCCAUCAACUGGUGGACAAUCCAGGGUGCAAUGAGGUGAAUUCCGUGAACUGCAACACUAGCUGGAAAAUAGUCUUGUUCAUGAAAUGGAGUGACAACAAGGAAGCUAUUCUAAAAGGGGGUGAUGUGGUGCGACUGUUCCAUGCUGAACAGGAGAAGUUCCUGACGUGUGAUGAUUACCGGAAGAAGCAGUAUGUCUUCCUCCGGACUACAGGGCGCCAGUCUGCCACGUCCGCAACCAGCAGCAAAGCACUGUGGGAAGUAGAGGUAGUUCAGCACGACCCAUGCCGUGGUGGCGCCGGGUACUGGAACAGUCUGUUCAGGUUUAAGCAUCUGGCCACAGGGCACUACCUGGCUGCAGAGGUGAGUGAGGUGUGUUCUGCUUCCGGACGCUCUCUCGACUGUUUCCAGGCCAGCUCUAACUGCUCACGCUGGGUGAAUCCAGACUAUGAGGAAGAGUCUCAUGAAUCACGUUCUUCAGUGGGAGAUUUUGUUCCCUUUAACUUCCAGCUGGACUCCGAACAUGAGGCUCUGCGAGCACGUCUGCGCACACCCAACGAGAAGGUCAUGUACACCCUCGUCUCUGUUCCCGACGGCAACGACAUCUCCUCCAUCUUUGAGCUGGACCCUACCACUCUCAGAGGGGGGGAUUCCCUCGUACCCAGGAACUCAUAUGUGCGGUUGCGGCACUUGUGCACAAACACGUGGGUCCACAGCACCAAUAACCCCAUUGAUAAGGAAGAAGAGAAACCAGUCAUGCUUCGGAUUGGCACGUCCGCCAUCAAAGAGGACAAGGAAGCCUUUGCUAUUGUGCCAGUUCCUCCUGCUGAGGUCAGGGACUUGGACUUUGCCAAUGAUGCCAGUAAAGUGCUGGCAUCGAUUGCUGGCAAACUGGAGAAGGGUACCAUCACACAGAAUGAAAGAAGGUUUGUGACUAAGCUGUUGGAGGAUUUGGUUUUCUUUGUGGUGGACAUCCCAAACAGCGGCCAGGAUGUGCUGGAAAUUAUGGUCAACAAACCAAACCGUGAGCGGCAAAAGCUUAUGCGGGAGCAGAAUAUCCUCAAGCAGAUCUUCAAGCUGCUGCAGGCUCCGUUCACAGACAGCGGAGAUGGACCCAUGCUCCGACUAGAGGAGCUUGGUGACCAGAGACAUGCCCCAUUUAGACACAUUUGUCGACUAUGCUACAGAGUACUGCGCCACUCUCAGCAGGACUACAGGAAAAACCAGGAGUACAUCGCCAAGCAGUUCCGCUUCAUGCAGAAGCAGAUUGGCUACGACGUCCUUGCUGAGGACACCAUAACAGCCCUCCUGCACAACAACCGUAAGCUGCUUGAAAAGCACAUCACUGCUGCUGAGAUCGACACUUUUGUCAGCCUUGUGAGGAAGAACCGUGAACCCAGGUUUUUGGAUUACCUCUCUGACCUGUGUGUGUCCAUGAAUAAGUCCAUCCCUGUUACUCAGGAGCUGAUUUGUAAUGCGGUGCUGGACCCAACUAACGCUGACAUCCUCAUAGAGACCAAGCUCGUCUUAUCUCGCUUCGAGAUUGAGGCAGUAAAUGUUGGAGAGCCUCCAGUGGAGUCAGAGGAGGAUGAAGAGGAGGUGUGGUUAUUUUGGAAGGACAGUGGAAAGGAGGUCCGCAGCAAAAGCAUCAGGGAGCUAGCCCAGGAUGCUAAGGAGGGCCAGAAAGAAGACCAGGAAGUUGUCAGUUACUACAGGUACCAACUGAACCUGUUUGCACGCAUGUGCCUCGACCGCCAGUAUCUGGCCAUUAACAAAAUCUCAGGCCAGCUGGACGUUGAUCUCAUUCUGCGUUGCAUGUCAGAUGAGGACCUGCCCUAUGACCUCCGUGCUUCCUUCUGCCGCCUUAUGCUGCACAUGCAUGUGGACCGCGACCCCCAGGAACAGGUCACACCCGUCAAAUAUGCUCGUCUGUGGUCCGAGAUCCCUUCCAAGAUUGCCAUUGAUGACUAUGAUAAUGAUGGCACCACCAGAGAUGAAAUUAAGGAGCGAUUCGCUCUCACCAUGGACUUCGUGGAAAACUACUUGAGAGAUGUAGUCUGUCAGAACGUCCCCUUCUCUGACAAGGAGAAAAACAAACUAACAUUUGAGGUAGUGAACUUGGCACGGAACCUCAUUUAUUUUGGCUUCUAUAGCUUUAGUGACCUGCUGAGGCUGACUAAGAUCCUGCUGGCUAUUCUGGACUGUGUGCAUGUCAGCACGAUAUAUCCCAUCAACAAAAUGGAGAAAGGCGAUGAGAACAAAGGUAGUAAUGUUAUGAGAUCCAUCCAUGGUGUUGGGGAGCUUAUGACCCAGGUGGUGCUGAGAGGUGGUGGCUUCCUGCCCACCACCCCUACAGCGCCCCCUGAUGGAGAGGUGGGAAAGACUCAGACAGAGCCAGAGAAGGAGGACAUCUUGGUUAUGGACACCAAGCUGAAGAUCAUAGAGAUCUUACAGUUUAUCCUGAACGUUCGUCUGGACUACAGGAUCUCCUGCCUGCUCUGCAUCUUUAAAAGGGAGUUUGAUGAAAGCAACACUCAGACUGACAGUCUGCCCAAUGCUAACGCUAAUGUCAGUGCUAAUGCUACAACUACUGCUAAUGGAGAUGGACUUAAUAGCAUACCAGCGCUUGAUUUUGAGAACAUCGAAGAGCAGGCUGAGGGGAUCUUUGGUGCAAGUGAGGAGAACACACCACUGGAUCUGGACGACCACGGCGGCAGAACGUUUCUAAGGGUUCUUUUGCACCUUACAAUGCAUGACUACCCUCCGUUGGUGUCUGGGGCUCUGCAUCUACUCUUUAGACAUUUUAGCCAGAGACAAGAGGUGCUCAUGGCAUUCAAACAGGUCCAACUCCUGGUGACAAGUCAGGAUGUGGAUAACUACAAGCAGAUUAAGUCUGACCUGGACCAGUUGCGCUCCAUUGUGGAGAAGUCUGAAUUGUGGGUCUACAAGCGGCAGGGUGAUGAUGCUCUUGAUGGAGGCGAUGGUCCAGCAGACUCUGACCACAAAAAGAAGGGUGAUGCGAGUGGCACAGACAAGAAGAAACCAGAGAGCACGAGCAGCUAUAAUUAUAGGGUUGUCAAGGAGAUCCUGUUGAGGCUCAGUAGGUUAUGUGUACAGGAAGGCUCAUCAGGGAAAAAGAGUAAAAAACAACAGCAGAGGCUACUGAGAAAUAUGGGUGCUCACUCAGUGGUGCUGGAGCUGCUACAGAUCCCCUAUGAGAAGGGCGAGGAUGUCAGAAUGCAGGAGAUUAUGAAGCUGGCGCAUGAGUUUCUCCAGAACUUCUGUGCUGGCAACCAGCAGAACCAGGCACUACUUCACAAGCACAUUAAUCUCUUCUUAAACCCAGGGAUCCUGGAGGCCGUUACCAUGCAGCAUAUCUUCAUGAACAACUUCCAGUUAUGCAGUGAGAUUAACGAGCGUGUGGUACAACACUUUGUUCACUGCAUCGAGACACAUGGCCGGCACGUACAGUACCUUAAGUUUCUGCAGACUAUCGUCAAGGCCGAGAACAAGUUCAUCAAGAAGUGUCAGGACAUUGUGAUGGCUGAGCUGGUAAAUGCUGGAGAGGACGUGCUGGUGUUCUACAACGACCGAGCCUCAUUCCAAACUCUGGUGCAAAUGAUGCGUUCAGAGCGGGACCGGAUGGAUGAGAACAGCCCGCUCAUGUACCACAUCCACCUGGUGGAGUUGCUGGCUGUGUGCACAGAGGGCAAGAACGUCUAUACAGAGAUCAAGUGCAACUCGCUGCUGCCCCUAGAUGACAUAGUUCGUGUGGUCACCCACGAGGAUUGCAUUCCUGAGGUGAAAACUGCCUACAUUGACUUUUUGAACCACUGUUAUGUGGACACGGAAGUGGAGAUGAAGGAGAUCUAUACGAGCAAUCACAUGUGGAAACUCUUUGAAAACUUCCUGGUUGACAUAUGCAGGGUCUGCAACAACACAAGCGACCGCAAGCAUGCCGACUCCACGCUGGAGCGCUAUGUCACUGAGACCGUCAUGAGCAUUGUCACCACUUUCUUCAGCUCACCCUUUUCCGAUCAGAGCACUAGUUUACAGGUGGCACGUCAUAUGUAUACCCGUCAGCCGGUCUUUGUGCAGCUGUUGCAGGGUGUUUUCCGGGUGUACCACUGUAGCUGGCUAAUGCCCACCCAGAAAGCAUCAGUGGAGAGCUGCAUCAAAGUCCUCUCUGACGUGGCCAAAAGCCGGGCGAUUGCCAUCCCAGUGGAUCUGGACAGUCAGGUCAACAAUCUGUUUGUGAAGUCCAACAACGUGGUUCAGAAAACCAUACUGAACUGGAGGAUGUCUGCACGAAAUGCUUCCAGACGAGACUCCACACUUACCACGUCCAAAGACUGCAGGAAUAUCAUAGAGAGGCUGCAGGACAUCGUCUCUGCACUGGAGGACCGCUUGCGACCGCUUGUGCAGGCAGAGCUCUCUGUGCUUGUGGACGUUCUGCACAGACCUGAACUGCUUUUCCCUGAGAACACGGAUGCUCGCAGGAAGUGUGAGAGCGGAGGCUUCAUCUCUAAGCUAAUAAAGCACACUAAACAGCUGUUGGAAGAGAAUGAGGAGCGUCUGUGCAUUAAAGUACUGCAGACUCUUCGAGAGAUGAUGACGAAAGACCGGGGCUAUGGAGAAAAGCUGAUUGCCUUUGACGAUGAGCUGGAUGUGGCUGAGCUGGUCCCUCCUCCUCCUGAGCCAGAGGGCCUUGCUGAGGAUCUUGAUCCCAACCAGCCCCAGAAGCAACUGGAGGAUCAGAAGCGGGGUGAAGCUUUGAGGCAGAUCCUGCUCAACCGUUACUAUGGCAACUUCAAGCCAGGGGGGCGAAGAGACAGCCUGACCAGCUUUAGCAAUGGACCCCUGGGUCCGGGGGGACAGAGCAAACCUCCCGCAGCAGCAGCUGGAGGUUCAGGGGCCACCCGUGGGGAGAUGAGUUUGGCCGAAGUGCAGUGCCACCUGGAUAGAGAAGGUGCAUCUGACCUCGUCAUCGACCUUAUCAUGAAUGCCACCAGCGACCGCAUCUUCCAGGAAAGCAUCUUGCUGGCUAUUGCUUUGCUUGAGGGAGGAAACACAGUCAUACAGAGAUCAUUCUUUAUCCGACUGACACGGGACAAUAAGUCAGAGAAGUUCUUUAAGGUUUUCUAUGAGCGGAUGAAGUUGGCCCAGCAAGAGAUCAAAGCCACCAUGACGGUCAACACCAGUGACUUGGGCAGCAAGCGCAAAGAUGAAGACACCAAUGAUAAAGAGGCACCCGCUAAAAAGAAAGUGAAGGAUGUCGCUGUUGUCACUGAUGAGGUGCGCGAGCAGCUUCUGGAAGCUUCAACGGCUACAAAGAAGGCUUUCGCAGCCUAUCGACGGGAGGUGGACUCAGAUGAGCACCUGAGCACUGGUGAGUCACCAGCGAGCUCAGGCGAGAAGAACCAGGACGAGAACGAGAUGAGUGUCACCAUCACCAUCAUGCAGCCUAUCCUCCGCCUCAUGCAGCUGCUCUGUGAAAAUCACAACCGCGAACUACAGAACUUCCUGCGCUGUCAGAACAACAAGAACAAUUAUAACCUGGUGUGUGAGACACUGCAAUUCCUGGACUGCAUCUGUGGCAGCACGACAGGAGGCCUGGGACUGCUGGGACUUUAUAUUAACGAAAAGAAUGUGGCUCUUAUCAACCAGACUGUUGAGAGCCUUACUGAGUAUUGCCAAGGCCCCUGCCAUGAGAAUCAGAACUGCAUUGCUACCCACGAGUGCAACGGCAUUGACAUCAUCAUUGCCCUCAUUCUGAAUGAUAUCAACCCUCUGGGCAAGAAGAGAAUGGACCUUGUUCUGGAGCUGAAGAAUAAUGCCUCCAAGCUGCUCCUGGCCAUCAUGGAGAGUCGCCAUGACAGUGAGAAUGCAGAGCGGAUCUUAUACAACAUGAGGCCUAAAGAACUGGUGGAGGUGAUAAAGAAGGCUUACAUGCAGGGAGAGGUUGAAGUGGAACACUCUGAGGAAGAUGGGGAAGGUGAAGAAGAGCAUGCUGCUUCGCCUCGAAAUGUCGGCCACAACAUUUACAUUUUGGCCCAUCAGCUGGCCAGACAUAACAAGGAGCUGCAAGCCAUGCUGAAGGCGGGAGGCACCUACGGUGAGGGUGACGAAGCUCUGGAGUUCUAUGCCAAACACACUGCUCAAAUCGAGAUUGUACGUCUGGACCGCACCAUGGAGCAGAUCGUCUUCCCCGUGCCCAACAUCUGCGAGUUCCUCACACUGGAAUCCAAGCUGCGCGUGUAUUACACCACAGAACGCGACGAACAGGGCAGCAAGAUCAACGACUUUUUCGUGCGUUGCGAAGACCUCUUCAAUGAGAUGAACUGGCAGAAGAAACUGCGAGCUCAGCCCAUUCUGUACUGGUGUUCAAGAAACAUGUCCUUCUGGAGCAGCAUCUCCUUCAACCUGGCUGUGCUCAUGAACCUACUGGUGGCCUUCUUCUACCCGCUGGAAGGCGUCCGCGGAGGCACACUGGAACCCCACCUAUCGGCAUUGUUAUGGGUGGCCAUGCUGGUGUCUCUGGCCAUAGUGAUUGUGCUACCGCAGCCUCAUGGAAUCCGAGCUCUCAUCGCUUCCACCAUCCUCAGACUCAUCUUCUCCGUCGGCCUCGAACCCACACUCUUCCUGCUUGGGGCAUUUAAUGUGUGCAAUAAGGUGAUCUUCCUGAUGAGUUUUGUGGGGAAUCGAGGAACAUUCACGCGAGGCUACAAGGCGAUGAUCAUGGAUGUGGAGUUUCUAUAUCAUCUGCUCUACCUCAUCAUCUGCAUCCUAGGAGUCUUCGUACAUGUUUUCUUCUACAGCCUACUGCUCUUCGAUCUGAUCUAUCGGGAGGAGACUCUGUUGAAUGUGAUAAAAAGCGUCACGAGAAAUGGCCGCUCAAUCGUGCUGACGGCUGUGCUCGCCCUCAUCCUCGUCUAUCUGUUCUCCAUAGUCGGCUACAUCUUCUUCAAAGAUGACUUCAUCCUGACUGUCGACCGAAUCCCCAACAAAACGCUUGAGGAAUCGGCGACUAUGAUGAGUGAGUUCCUCUCAGGGGGCGUUUGUCGGAAAGAAGGUGGUGGGGAGAACUGUUCGACAGAGACCACAACGGACGUCGCGAUGGUGGUGGAGGACAAGGAGCGGACAUGUGACUCUCUUCUCAUGUGCAUUGUGACCGUACUUAGCCACGGUCUCCGAAGUGGCGGUGGAGUCGGGGACGUGCUCCGAAAGCCAUCUAAAGAGGAGCCUCUCUUUGCAGCCAGAGUUAUUUAUGACCUGCUCUUCUUCUUCAUGGUCAUCAUCAUUGUCCUCAAUCUGAUCUUUGGUGUCAUCAUUGACACCUUUGCUGACCUGAGGAGUGAAAAGCAAAAGAAAGAAGAGGUACUCAAGACCACUUGCUUCAUCUGUGGCUUGGAGAGAGACAAGUUUGACAACAAGACUGUGACAUUCGAGGAGCACAUCAAGGUGGAGCACAAUAUGUGGCAUUACCUCUUCUUCAUUGUGCUCAUUAAAGUGAAGGACUCUACCGAGUACACGGGACCAGAGAGCUAUGUUGCAGAGAUGAUCAGGGAGCACAACCUCGACUGGUUUCCACGGAUGCGGGCGAUGUCGCUGGUGAGCAGUGAUGCGGAGGGCGAGCAAAACGAGAUCAGGAAUCUGCAGGAGAAGCUGGAGUCCACCAUGAAGCUGGUCUCCAACUUGUCCAGCCAGUUGACCGAACUAAAGGAGCAGAUGACGGAGCAGCGAAAACAGAAGCAGAGGAUCGGGCUCCUGGGACAUCCCCAGCACAUGAACGUGAACCCCCAGCAGCCUGCCUGAGCGCAUAUGUGUGUGCAUGAGCUACAGCACUGGCCUUGAAUCACACUGCACACUUGCUCAUGGACCUGCGCAGCACUUGUCUGUCCACACAGAUUCCCCUUAACGUCCCAGUGUGUGUGUGAGAGA